AGUUGUGGUCAGCAGCAAACAAGGCCUUUCCAGGGAGCAAGUGCGCCCAAAUCUUGCCAGGAAAAAUGCACAACCACUGCACUUCGGAAACCUCAAGAACCUUGGUUUUCCCAGGUGUUUCCGCUUGCUAUGAACAGGGUUGAACUUUUCUGGCCACUGCCAGUAUUAAGAGUGGUCAAACAGCUGUGAAUGGUAGCUGGAAGAACUGGAUAGUCAUCGCAGGAACAUGAAGAAUUAGCAUCUCUUUACAAUGAGAUAAUAUUCCUUACAGGGAAUUAGUGUUUGGUAUUCUGAACUCAGGUUAACAUUAGUCACCAUGUAGGCUACUUUCAGCAGAAUAUAGAUACAGUACAUUUUCAGAAUGUGAAAGGGCUGAAAAAGAAAAUUUGUCUUGAAAAGUUGGUAUGGUAUUUGAAGCAAUAAGGACCAGACAAAGAUGGAAUCCGAGCCGUGCUUUUCUUGUCCGUUUAAUUGUUUGGUCCUCAGUUGUUUGUGUUGGUCAACAACAUGCAAUUACAGCGCUAGAUUCACUGAAAUAUAAAUUAGGACAAGGGACACUGCUGCAAUGAUGGCAUCCAUCCAGCUACUGUCACAUCGCUGUGCAGAGAAACCACUCAUCAAUAUUCACAGAUAAGGAGAUCCAGCUGAACUUGUCACCUGUGGGAAGUGCUGUCUGUCUCUUUGGGAGGAGGAGGAGGGGGAGGAGGAGGAGGAGGAGGAGGGGAUUACCUCAGCUCUUUUUUAUCUGAAAGGACAGUAUUUGUUCUUUUUGAUUCUUUCCAUCUAGGAAAACCUGCUGUGACUUAACUUAUAAACUUCAAUUUCCACUGGCGACAUUCAUUUUUUUUCAGUAGAGAAGGCAGCUUUGUAAAAGAUCUGGAUGAUCAAAAUCUUCAUUCAUUUAUAAUGAAAAUGUUUCCGUUUCAGAGCUCGUGUCUGUCACAGAGACAUCUACUAUUGUAACUGUACUUAAAGGAUGCAGAAAGAGUUUUUCUAAUUAAAAUUGCAUGUUGCAGCUUUCAAUGUUUAUUUUCAUCUGCCAGUAACCACUUUAAAUGGUUAUAUUUUCAGGAGUGUACAACAGCUGUUGCUGGGCACAGGGUCACUGUAUUGCUGUGUUGGUCCACUGGUAGUUUCAGUGUUUUUCAGCAGUUUUAUAGUUUUUGCAGUUUCAUAGUUUUUGUGUGUUCAUAUUUUCUUCAUAUGUGAGGUUAACACAAUGAAAUUGGACCUCUGUAGUUCUGUGUACUCAAUACGAAGUAGUGCAAGGCAAACUGUUGGCAUUUUUGGGAAAAUGAAGUAAUUCAUUUAGUUAUGUUUAAUUUUAGUGCAGUCUUUGCUGAGCCCUUCAUAAAGCAUGUGAUGAGCGAUAUGAACGUGCUCUGGUCACCAUACCCUCUACUUAGUCUAAGACUACAGCCAACCCUUUUAUGCUGAGUGUGCACUGAUGCGCUUUGCACUUAAAUUGAUGAAAAGAGCAGUUGCCGGCUGCGAAUGAUUGGAUGAAUUAGUGAAUGCAAUACUGGCCUUGUUCUAUCAGAUUGAUUUAGAAUAAUGCAGUUUCAUACUUUCUAUAUAGCAUACUUUUUAUAACCAAUGGUGAAUUGUCUACUUUAUUCCUAAACCUGUUCUGCUCUUUCUCUCUUGUUCACAGGUUCUCAUGAGUCUGUUGAGGAUCUCUGGAGCUACCCUGGUGAUCACGUCAACCAUAGAGGCUAACACAGGCAACAGAUUGUCAGUGGACUAGACGCAGCUGCCAAGCUCAGUCACAAGCGCACUGGUGUCAGCCCCCCUCCCCCCUGCACAGUUGGUGGCUAACAGAUAGCGUGGCUACGUGACAGCGGCUAACAUUUAGCCUGCUAGCGAGCGGAGGUUUGAGGGAGGAGAUACAGGUCACUGUUUCCAGGCGAGUGCCCGCACAGCCGGCGUGAAUGGCACACGCUAGCCUUAACCGAGAGUCUGGAUGGGAGAGGGCGUGAGCAUGGACAAUCUUAGCGAGUUUGGUAGCCUGUGUCCGUCAAGCCGGCGGGAAUGGGACACCAGCAGCUGCGUGGACGAUCUUAUGGAUGAAGAUGAGAAAGACAGAGCAAAAAGGGCGUCCCGUAACAAGUCGGAGAAGAAGCGCAGAGACCAGUUCAAUGUGCUCAUCAAGGAGCUGUGCACUAUGCUGCAGGGCCAGGGCCAUCCCCGCAAGAUGGACAAGUCCACCAUCCUGCAGAGGACCAUCGACUUCCUCCAGAAACAGAAAGAGAUCACUGCUCAAACAGAUUCAUGUGAAAUCAGACAAGACUGGAAGCCUUCAUUUCUCAGCAAUGAAGAAUUCACUCAGUUGAUGCUGGAGGCUUUAGAUGGUUUCCUCAUCGCACUCACCACAGAUGGAAACAUCAUUUACGUGUCUGAUAGUGUCUCUUCUUUAAUUGGCCAUUUACCGUCAGAUAUGGUGGACCAAAACAUUCUGAACUUCCUGCCGGAGCGGGAGCAUGCGGAGGUCUACAAGCUGCUCUCCUCGCACAUGCUCAUGACAGACCCCAUCGCUGCAGACUUCCUCGAUGGUGAAACACACAUCGAGUUCUGCUGUCACUUAGCCAGGGGUAAUAUUGACCCCAAGGAGCCUCCGACCUAUGAGUAUGUCAAAUUCGUUGGAGAUUUCAAGUUUCAUAACAAUGUGCCUACGUCGUCGUGUAACGGCUUCGAGCUGACGUUCCCCAGGACCCUGCAGUCCACCCUGGAGGACCAGGUCUGCCUUGUGGCCACAGUGCGCCUCGUCACCCCACAAUUCCUCAAGGACCUGUGUAAGGUCGAAGACCCGUGCGAUGAGUUCACCUCCAGACACAGCCUGGAGUGGAAGUUCCUUUUUUUAGACCACAGAGCCUCUCCUAUCAUAGGCUAUCUGCCAUUCGAGGUCCUGGGCACCUCCGGCUAUGAUUACUAUCAUGUGGAUGACCUGGAGCUCAUAGCAGAAUGUCAUAAACAAUUGAUGCAGUUUGGGAAGGGGAAAUCGUGUUACUACCGAUUCUUGACAAAAGGCCAGCAGUGGAUCUGGCUCCAAACACACUACUACAUCACCUACCACCAGUGGAACUCCAAACCAGAGUUUAUUGUCUGCACACACACUGUAGUCAGCUAUGCUGAAGUACGAGCAGAGAGGAGGAGAGAGUUUGGACUCGAAGAGAGUUCCACUGAAUUGGCUGCCUCUUCUAUGAAGGGGCAGGAGGUCUUCGUGUGUCCCCCUAUAGAUCCUCAAGUAGACCGAUCUGCAGUCAGUGGGGCUCGCUCCGUGUCCUCACACAGCUCUCGCAAGUCAUCACACACGGCACUGUCUGACUCAGCCUCAAACUCUUCAGUUAGAUACACAGAUGUCUGCACUUCAUCACGCCAGUCAGCCUCCAUUGGGCCAGAGAAGAGCUCCAGCAGAAUGCCACAGAGCGGCUCAAAGACGCUGAUCCAGAGGCGGAGCUCCUCAGAACCCGUCCCCCUUUCACCCUCCUGCAGCCAGCACUCCGUCAUGCAGCAGUCCCUGUACCCAUUCCAGCCGCCGCAGCUGGGGGUGAUGCACCAGCUGAAGGAGCAGCUGGAGGAGAGGACGCGCAUCCUGCAGGCCGACAUCAAGACCCAGCAGCAGGAGCUUCACGACAUUAAAGAAAAGCUCCAGCUGGCCAACCUACAGAUGUUGUUACAGCAACCACUCCAAAAUGACUUCCCCUCCCCACCGCCACAGCAGCAGGGCCCGGGUCGGCCGUCUCCGCACGGCCAGUCGGGUGUGAUCAGGCAGGCCAGCGGACACCCCAAACCCCCCGUCUGUGGACCCCACAACUCCGCCCCCCAACACGUGCUACUCAGAGAUGCACCGAGCAGCUCCUCCCCACAGCAGCAGCAGCAGCAGCAGCAGAGGCUAGGGCGUGGUGGUCCUAUGCAGACAGUGAGCCUGCCCGUGCAGACCCACGCCAGCUUGACCAUGCCCUUCUACAGCAACCCCAUGCUCUUCUCCCACACCAGCUCCAGGGCCCUGCAGGAGCCCAGCCAAAGACACACGGCCACCGCCGACUAUGGCCAGGAGGGACAGCUCCGGAUGCUGCUCAACCAGCCCAUGCAGGCUCUCGUGCAGGACGGCGCUGGAAGCGCCCAGGCCUCACAGUCCAUCCAGCAAACCAAAUACUCCCUGGAUCAGCAGAUGAUGCAGCCCUCGUUCCCGGUGCAGCAGGUGAACUGUAACGCCGUGCUGGUGCCCUCGGCCAUGCCCGUCUUCACUUCACCCAUCAUGAUCCCCCACAACACCUUCAUCACCCACCAGGCCCAGCCCGCCUACCAUCCUCACCCUCAUCAGCAGCAGCAGCAGCAGCAACAGCAGCAACCGCAACAACAGCACUUCUUUCAGAUGCAGCCCCAAGGUCUCUUACACAGUGGCCAAGCUCAGGCCUUCUUCCACACCACUAACGUCCCACAACAAGGUGCCGUGAGCUACAUCCAGCAACAGCCACAGCAACAGCAGCAGCAGCAGCAACAACAACAACAACAACAACAACAACACCAUUCCCAGACUCAAGCAGGCAGCCUAUCAGACUUCAGGAACUUGCUCCAGAGGUAGCCACGCCUCCUGGGGAAGGAGGGGCUUAAGACUGCAUGGAGCACUCAGCCAGGAGUGAGGGGUGAGGGGUGAAGGGUGAAGGAAUGCUGGCAAAACAAAAACAAAACAAACUAAAUGAGUCGAGAAGACGUGUUGGACUCUACUCCGUAGAGGAUAAAGACAAACGUGCUGUCCCUUACAACAAACCGAUGUCAUGAGGAAGCCAAAGUCCAGUUGUUUCCACGGUGUUGCCCUGUGACCUGAGAGACUCAUCCCCUGGAUGCCCUUUUGCCCUGUGUUGUCAAGGAUGCAGGGGGGGGGGGGGG